AUGGGCCUCGCGCUUCGGCUCCUGUUACUGGCUCCCUUUGCCUGCGGGACGCUCCGGGAGCCGUGGUGGAAGGAAAAGGUGGAGGACGCGCGGCGGUGCACGUCCCAGGGGCGGGAGGUGGCGUGCCUGGACGUCUCGACGUGCGCGCGGGGCGCGGCGAACAAGGUCGCGAUCGCGUCGGUCUUCGACGCGCACGUCGCGAUCGAGUCGACUUGCGGCGCGACCAACCGGACGCGCUGCGACAACGAGACAGCCGUCGACCACCGCCUCAAGAUCGCCGCCCUCGGGCGGCGCGCGGGCGUCGACGUAAUCCUCGUCGUGCCGCGCCGCGACCUCCAGCGCGAGCCCAUCGACGCCGGCGUCGCGCGGCGCCUCGCGGAGGGCGGCGUGAUCGUGCGCCACGCGGACUGGGUUGCGCCGCCAAAUCUCAGCCCCGGCGUCCCCCUGGAGAGCGGCGGGUGCUGCGGCGCCCGCGAGUUCAUGAAGCUCCACGCCUUCGGCUUCGCCGACUACGACGCCGUCGCCGUCGUCGACAACGACUUCGACGUCGACGACGUCGAAAGCCUCCGGCCCAUCUUCGACUGCGCGGCGGCGGGCCACGUGAUCACGACGCGGAGCGCCCACAGCGCGAUGAACGGCGCCUUCACAGGCUUCAUCUACUGGUUCUUCUACCAGAACUUCGACGACCCGCGCUGGACGCCCGUCCAGGUCGACCCCUGCAUGUGCAAGGCCGAGAUCUGCGCCUCCGCCUCCGUCGCUGCCGGCCACAUCGGCCUCUUGGACCAGGCUCGCCGGGCUUUGGACUGCGACAAGGGGGGCGCCGCCAAGGCGGCGCCGACGAUGCUCUACUGGUUGCACAUUCCUAAGUGCGGCUCGACCUUCGCGAACACCGUCGUCCACGCGCUCUGCGACGGCGUGCCCGCGAACGCGUCCGAGGCCAAUUUCCUGGGCAAGACGCCGGAUUUCAUCGAGGGCCGCAGCUGCCCGCGCCUCGCGGUGCCCGUGCGCGCCGGCUGGGGCCGCCACGACGACCUCUCGGCGUGGCUGCUCGCCGAGGUCGGCGGCGCGGACCGCGUCGUCGCGCUUCUGCGCGAGCCGCAAGCGCGCGCUGAGGCCGCGUGGAACCACGUGAACAUCCACGGCGACCGCAACCCCAAGGGCCCGCCGGCGGACAACGCGCGCCAGUUCGCCGAGGCCACGGCCGGGUGCAUGGCGCGCACGCUCGCGGGGCGGGGCACGUGCUCCAAGGCCGGGCGCGGCGACGAGAAGACGCGCGACGCCGCGAUCGCGCGGCUCCGGGACCUCGCGUUCGUCGGCGUCGUCGAGCGCUGGGCCGAGUCCAUCUGCCUCUUCCAUCUCCAGUUCGGCGCGCCCUGCCUCGCCGUGGAGUUCGAGCACCUCCGGUCCCAGCCGCACAACCGCACGGUGCCGCGCGCGGCGCGCAACGUCGACGACGACGUCUACGCCGAGGCGCGCCGCCUCUUCGCCGCGGCUCUGGACCGCCCGAGCGCUAUUUGUAUUGAGUGUGGGUCCAACGGCGACUACUACGCCAGCUGCCACGGCAACUCCUCCGGCUCCUACUGCGCCUACGACUACGGCUCCUACGGCAUCUCCUCCGUGUCCUACGGCGCAGCCCCUGGCGGCCGCGGCGCGGCCCGCGACGGCGACUCCAACGGCGACUCAUACGGCCCCGCUGGCGACUCCUACGACGUACUGCGGGCGACGGCCAAGCAGAUGCUGCGGUCGGGCAAGCUCCUCUACAAGAAGCACGUGAAGCGGUCCAAGCGCGAGGAGAACGCGCGGCGCCGCAUGAAGCAGAGCGGCUUGUCGCCCAAGGACGCGACGGCCCACGAGAUCAAGACGCUCGUCGCGUUCAUGGACGACGCCGUCGACUCCAAGGACGUGUCCGAGGCGGCGAAGAAGUCCCUGGGCCGCGGCAAGAAGCAGCGGAUGGAGAAGCUCUUUUCGCUCGCCCGCCGCCUCUACGCGGGCAGGCUGUGGAAGAAGAUCGAGACCGACGUGCUGAAGCGGCGAGCUCUCAACGCGCGCAAGGGCGCCAAGCUCGUCGACGACAGCAAGCUCAACUACUCGGCCUUCACGGCGAUGCGCAAGGAGCUCGGCGAGCACGGCACGAAGGAGAAGCGGGUCACGGGCCAGACGGUGAUCCCGUCGGCGUCGAGCGUGCAGCGCGUCAACGCGGACCUCGACGCCUACGUCGCCCAGAAGGGCCUCAUGUGCGCGGGCGAGGGCGAGAUGUGGCACGCCGACCACGGCAAGAUCAUGCCCAGCACCUUCGACAUCUACGGCUACCAGGCCGCGUACGACGCGUCCCCCAACUCCGGCGCGUGGCGACGGCCUGGCUCAGACCCGGACGCGCCGAUCCCCAUGAUGAUCGGCUGCGCCGCCGACGAGCUGCCGUGCGAAACUGGCGUCGGCGGGACCGGUCUGAUGGCCAUGGCGAUCCACCACUGCGAUCCACGCCUGAGCAAAAACGUCCGCGAGUCGCCGCAGAUGGACGAGCACGUCCAGCCCGUCGUGCUCUACCCCACGAAGCAGAGGAAGCGCAAGCUCGACGAGAAGGCCCGCGCCGCGACGGCCUACGCCACGGCGUGCUCCGAGGGCGUCGACGACGACGCGUCCGACGACGACGACGCGGCGGAGCACGACGACGACUUCGAGGGCAUGUACCAGGCCGAGCCCAACGAGGAGGGCGACGCCUGCACGGUCCUGGCGGCGGGCAAGCUCAAGACCAAGCGCGACGAGGUCGGCAAGAACCUGGGGCCCAUGGUCGAGACGCUGCUCGCGGAAGAGGAGCGGCGGAAGGACUCGAGCAUGCCCAUCUGCUGCUGCUUCACGCUGGACAAGGUGGGCCAGUACGAGUUCGGCCCGUUCCGCUGCGCGACGGUGGGCUACCAUCUCUGCAACUUCUGCCCCUGCGCGCGGUCCAUGGCCGGCCACGGGCAGCCCGGCGGCUGCCGACGGUGUCGCGAGGCCGGAACCGAGGCGACCUGCACGCACUGGGACAUGGCGACGCCCGCGACGAAGCAGUACUUCGAGGACCGCGAGAAGGCCUUGGCGGAGCGCGUGGGCACGUUGCCGGACCAGGUCUUGCCGUUCUGGCGGAACAAGGCCGAGGCGAAGGAGAUCGUGCGGAAGCUCGAGAUCAAGCUCAGGAGCGACGCGAAGCUCGAGACCAUCGAGUCGGCGAUCCGCGCCAAGUGCGACUGCCUCACGGUGCGUGGCGCCGACGUGCCGUCGAACAAGCGCCACGUGAACCGCGCGCCGGACAAGGACGUGCUCCGAGACGCGCGUCGAUGGGCGAAGGCGUCGGGCCGGGAGGAGCCGCCGAAGCCUACGACGCCCGAGGCCUGGAAGCAGCUCCGUGACGCCCACCGUGUGCUCCUCGGCGACGCGGAGCGCCUGCUACACGUGCGCCAGGUCCUGAAAUUCUGGGAGCUCCUGAGCCCGCACGACCGCGGUCGACUCGUCUCGCGUGACGGGCACCUCCUCGACGUGACGAAGAUCGUCGAUUGCGCGCUGCAUCUGACGCUCCGAGUGGUCAUCCACACCCUUUCACUUCUUUACAAGAUGCCUCUCCACGCUCAGAGUGGCCUUCUGCCUGCUGAAAUUGGGUCCAGGCUCGACCGCGCGACCGCGGCCAUCCAGACGGGGCUCGAUUCGGCGUCCUUCGCCCACCGCAAGGCAAAGGGGUCCGACGCGGCGGCGUGGAAGGCCGGCACGACGAAGCUCCGGGUCUUCAGUAUGCCGGCGAAGCGCGCUAAAAAGAUCGUAAGAACAUCCUUAAUAUGCAACUCAAAUCGCCAAAUCAUCACCGUCAAGCACGCCAACAGCGCCGGCGGCGAGACGACGCGCACCGUGGACGUCGGCGACGGCACGCCGACGAUCAAUGUGUUGCUGCUCGAGCGUGUCGCGGAGGAGCUUCUUCCGGACGACGCGCGACUCCCGAAGGUCAAACUCUUCCUCCAGGAGCUCAUCUUCGUGCUCCACAUCGUCAACACCAAGUCCUGGGAGACGGACCCGAGCAUGCCCGCGACCUUCCAGGGCCACGCCGACGCCAUGGGCAAGCUCAUGGUCGAGAUCUGGGGGCCCGAGAGCAUCACGCCCUACUUCCACGACAUCAUCGCGGGGCACCUGCGCGACAUGAUGGAGCUCUACGGGCCCCUCUACCGCCACCAGAACGAGGGCCAGGAGCGGUUCAACGGCCGCCUGACGGGCCGCAAGAAGCGCCACUCGCAGAACGGCGGCGCGUGCAACCGCGGCGCCGAGCUCCGCGCGUCGCGCGGUGCGACGGUCGGCAAGUGCGACUCGAUCGGGACCUGGGCCGGCCGCUUCGCGCUCCGGAGCUCCGGCCGCGCCGACAGCGUCCUCGACGCGGCCACGGAGCGCCGGCGAGAGGAGCGCCGCGACGCCGCCGCCGCGCGCGGGGCCCGCCGCCGCGUCGCGCUCGCGGCCCAACGCGCCGCGCGUUCCGAGGUCCAUCGCGCGAACCGCCGCGACUCCGACUCCGACUCCGAGUCCGACGACGAGGACUUCGACGCCGAGCUCGACGACAGCAGCGACGACUUCGAGUCGGAGCCGGAGGACUCCGACUCGUCCGAGGAGGAGGACGACUCCGACUCCGGCAUACCCGCGCUCUAG